AUGAGUAAGUUCAAAACCAUUGAUACAUUUUUUAAAAGAAAAGAUCAAGAGAAUGAAGAUGCUUCUACUAUUACUACUCCAAUACUUGAGGGGUCAUCAAAUUUCAUUACUUCAAGUUCUUCAUUGAAUAGCUCAAAGCGUCCACGACUUCUUCCAAAUCAACUGGAUGUUUUUCGUUUGGAAAGAGAUCCUGGAAUGCGACCAAUGAUUUGGAAGUUUCCUCCAAAUAAAAGAGAUGAAAUCCGUCGGGCUUAUAUUAAAGUUGGGCCAAAUCAGUCAAUUCUUGAUAAUGAUCCAUUUUCUGGUGAUAAAAGUCAUCGUCGCUUUCAAGCUUCAUGGUUUAAAUUGUUCCCAUCUUGGUUAGAAUAUUCUAUAGAAGAUGAUGCUAUAUAUUGUUUUCCGUGCUUUCUUUUUGCUAAGGAACCUUCAAUCAAUACGGGUUCAAAUGCUUUUAUUGAGAAUGGUUUCAGGAAUUGGAAGAAAGUAAAUAGUGGAAAAGAAUGUGCUCUUUUGAAUCACAUUGGCAAAGGUCCUAACUCAUUCCAUCAUAAGGCGCUGAAAUCAUGUGAUGAUUUGAUGAAACAAUCACAACAUAUUGACAGACUUCUUCAUAAGCAAACAUCAGAAGAGAUUGAAAAGAAUCGAAUUCGACUAGGAGCAUCUAUAGAUUGCAUUAGAUGGUUGACAUUUCAAGGUUGUGCAUACAGAGGACAUGAUGAAAGCCAAAGUUCAAGCAACAGAGGUAACUUUUUGGAAAUGUUAAAAUUUUUGGGAUCUUACAAUGAAAGAGUGAAACAGAAUGUUUUGGAAAAUGCUCCAAAAAAUGCUAAGUAUACUUCAAAUGAUGUCCAAAAAGAAAUUCUACAUAUUCUUGCUACUAAGGUGAGAAAUUCAAUUAGAGAAGAGAUUGGAGAUGCCAAAUUUUGUAUUAUUGUUGAUGAAGCUAGAGAUGAAUCUAAAAAGGAGCAAAUGGCCAUUGUUUUGAGAUUUGUUACUCUAGAUGGUUUUGUUAAAGAGAGAUUUUUUGAUCUUGUGCAUGUCACUGAUACUUGUGCAACAACUUUAAAGAAAGAAUUGAUUUCUGUCCUUUCUCAUUAUGAUCUCCAAGUUGAAAAUAUUAGGGGUCAAGGGUAUGAUGGUGCUAGCAACAUGCGGGGUGAGUGGAAUGGUUUGCAAGCUUUGUUUCUUAAAGAUUCUCCACAAGCAUACUAUGUGCAUUGUUUUGCUCAUAGGUUACAAUUAGCAUUGGUGGCAGCUUCAAGAGAGUUUGGUAAAAUGUUUACUGCUACCAAUAUUGUUCUCAAUAAUAUCAUUGAAGACGGGACAACUUAUGCACAAAGAGGUGAGGCUUAUGGUGUUAGUAAAAUAUUAUUGUCAUUUGAAUUUGUUUUCACUUUGCACUUGAUGAAAGAGAUUAUGGGAAUCACUAAUGUCCUUUGCCAAGCACUGCAACAACAAUCUCAAGAUAUUCUUAAUGCAAUGCAUAUUGUUUCUACAUCAAAGUUACUUCUUCAACAAUUAAGAGAUGGUGGAUGGUGCAAUUUUUUUGCAAAUGUUAAAGAUUUUUGUGAAAAACAUGAAAUUGAAGUCCCUAAUAUGAGUGCACAAUAUGUUUUUGGAAGAGGUCGAUCUCGUCAACCAAGUGUGACAGUUGAGCAUCAUUAUCGAAUAGAUGUAUUCUUGGCAACAAUUGACUCUCAAAUACAAGAGUUGAAUAGUAGAUUUAAUGAGCAAACAAUAGAGCUUUUGACUUUGAGUUGUGCUUUGGAUCCUAAGGACAAUUUCAAAUCAUUCAAUAUUGAAGAAAUCAGCAAGUUAGCAGAGAAGUUUUAUCCCCUUGACUUUCCUUCUAAUGAGCUAAAUAUUUUGAAAUCUCAGUUGCAACAUUAUCAGCAUGAUAUACCAAAUCAUUUGAAAGGCAUUGGUACACUUUCUGAAUUGUGCAACAAGUUGCAAGAAACGGGAAAAUCAAGAACUUAUCACAUGGUUGAUAGAUUAAUACGUCUUGUUUUGACUCUACCAGUGUCUACAGCAACAACAGAAAGAGCUUUUUCAGCAAUGAAAAUUGUUAAGACAAGACUCCGAAUAACAUACAAGACCCUAUUUCUCUUACAAGAGUCUCCCUUUCACUCUUUUUUCCACGUCGCUAAGAAGACGAAUAAGUCUUCAUCCUUGUCGUCAAUUGAAGCAUUUGGCGCAGUGUCCCUGUUUCUCUCACAAGACUUUCCCUCUUACUUCCUUUUUGAUAUUGCUGAGGAAGACGAAGAAGCCUUCAAUCAUCAUCGCCGAUUGAAGCAUCCGGUGCAACGUCCUUGUUUUUUCUCACAAGACUCUCCCUCUCACUUCAUUUUCGACGUCGUUGAGGAGAAGAUGAACAAGCCAUCAUCAUCAUCGAUUGAAGUAUUUGACACAGUGUGUUUGCGAGUUCGCCAUUGA